CAUAUUGAAUACUUAUAACGCAGCUUCAUUUAUACAGACGAAUCAAGAGAUAUGAUUGCGUUAAUUACAGCAGAGAUUGACACGCAGCGAAGGGACUGCAUGGAGUCUGCUUUCCAGACUCCGCGCGGCACAUUCCACAGAUCGGCACUAUUUUCAAAACCCAUUACACUAGAAUUACUCGGCUGCGGCCUUCCGGGUAUGUUGUUGGCACAGACACACAGAGCCGGACCGCAUCUACCGACUGGCCUCUACAAACACAGAGCUCCUUCACACGGUGACAUAAGUGGCAUUAGACCCAGCGGAGACCUCUACCAGUCUCCAUGGGUGUGUGCGAGUGUUAUAAGUACCGGGUUUGUCGUUUAUUUACUCUACGUGGGACAUGAUUUACGCUUCCUUGAAUGGAGGUUUGAGGAAUUGAGUCAUGAAUGGGUCCGCGUCUGAUACCACCUCGUGUCAAGUGGCGGACGGCCUCAACAUCGAGCCCGAGGCUUCUUCGGCUCUACUUCUACGCCGCUGCCCGGGUAUGCAGCCGCCUGGCCCCCUGCAGCCUGGCAUCAGCGGAACCGGAGGCUUCGGUAGUUGGACACGGAUCAACUGGGACAUGCAGGGACACUCGGAGUGCCAACCGAGAGUAAGUACCUUGGCUGCCCUGCAGCGCCGCAGGAGUUGGCCGGUGUGGUUCACAGGCGGUAAAGACGACGGACGCGGCGGAAGACGGCUGGCCGUUGCGAUGGACCUUCGGCUGGCUGAAAGUGAAGUGAAUCCUCUGUCACCGCUUUUUACUAUAACCUUGACUCCGCGCCUCGUUGUAAUAGCAUAGUAGACUUGCGCUGAGCCGCACGCGAGAUGUCUCGCUACUUGAUGUUCCACACGAGCACCAAAAUUGGGCAUAAAAGUAGCGAUCGCCGCGAGAUACAGAGAGAGAAAGAGCGAGAGAAGCAUUGGGAGACCGGUGAGUGGGCCUGGAGAACGUUUAAUACCCGAGAGACAGAGAGAAAGAGAGAGAGAGAG